AACUCUGUCAUGUCUGUAUCGUCCACAGUUGUUUUGGAGACUCAGGAAGCUACAAUCGUGUACCUGCCUUACCUCAUCACUGUCCAAACCAUCACCGACCAGAUUGCUGUUUCUGGCUUCAAGGCGUUCGUCAAGUCCAAGCCUCGCCCCCUGCAGCUGUCCCUCAGCGAAAUCGGACGUUUAGUUGAUUCCCAAAGACCAACUCUCUCUUCACCAUCAGAGGCAUCAGAGGAGUCAGAAAUCUUCAUAGACACAACACUUGUUGCGCUCAGGGUAAAGGGCAUGCACUGCCGUUCAUGUGUGGUCAAUAUCCAGGACAAUAUCUCCGUGCUGCCUGGUGUCUCCUCAGUGGAGGUGUCUCUGGAGCAGGAGAAGGCCUCCAUCUGUUACGACCCUGUAAAGGUCACCGUGGCUCAGUUGCAGCAGGCCAUUGAAGCGCUGCCUCCAGGGAACUUCAAGGCACAGCUCUGGGGCUCCUUGGCCUCUCUCAAUCCCACUCUGCCCACUGCUGCCUUAACUCCCCCUCGGCCCGCUCGAGCAACACAGGCCACGCCCGCCGCGCCACAGCCCUGCUUCACCCAGCCUCUAGCAUCCACAGUUAAUAUUCACAUCGAGGGCAUGACAUGCAACUCCUGUGUCCAGUCCAUUGAAGGCAUGAUCUCCCAAAGGAAAGGGGUCACGUCGGCCCAGGUCUCUCUGUCCGAGCACCAGGGGACCUUCGAGUACGAUCCACUCCUGACCACACCUGAGGAGCUGAGGGAGGCUGUGGAGGACAUGGGCUUUGAUGCCUUCCUUCCUGAGACCAAUUCAUUGCUUCCUGUACUAAAACCAAGUCUCUCAAAGUCUUCAAAUCUAUCAAAUGUGAAAGAUAAGGAGCUAGACGGUGACCUGCAGAAAGAGACUCAGGCACGCAACGGAGACAAAAACGCUAAAUGCUUCAUCCAGAUCGGAGGGAUGACCUGUGCUUCCUGUGUGGCAAACAUCGAGAGAAACCUAAAGAAUGAAACGGGUAUCCACUCUGUACUGGUAGCACUGAUGGCGAGUAAAGCAGAGGUGCGUUAUAACCCUGAUCUCAUCGACCCUGUGAAGAUAGCCGAGUGUGUGGAAGAGCUCGGCUUCUCCGCCUCUGUGAUGGAGAACUAUGAAGGUUCAGAUGGAAACCUCGAACUCGUGGUCAGGGGAAUGACGUGUGCCUCUUGUGUUCACAAGAUUGAAUCCAGCCUCAUGAAAGAAAAGGGGAUUAUAUAUGCCUCUGUUGCCUUAGCAACCAACAAAGCACACAUUAAGCACGACUCUGAAAUUAUAGGGCCGCGAGACAUCAUCAAGCUGAUCAAGAAUCUGGGGUUCGAAGCUUCUUUGGUGAAGAGGGACCGCACUGGCAGUCACCUGGACCACAGCAAAGAGAUACGGCAAUGGAGGAAAUCUUUCCUGGUGAGCUUGGUUUUCUGCGUGCCUGUCAUGGGCAUGAUGACCUACAUGAUCAUCAUGGACCACCAGAUGAAUGUUUCACAUCAACACAACGCCACCAUGGAAGACCGCAACCACUACCACGCCACCAUGUUCCUGGAGAGACAGCUGCUCCCAGGCCUCUCCAUCAUGAACCUGCUGUCCUUCCUCUUCUGUGUGCCUGUACAGUUUAUUGGAGGUCGCUACUUCUACAUUCAAGCCUACAAAGCCCUGAAACACCGAUCUGCCAACAUGGAUGUGCUCAUAGUGCUGGCUACCUCCAUAGCCUUCACCUACUCACUGAUUGUCCUCAUAGUGGCCAUGGUGGAGAAGGCAAGAAUCAACCCCAUCACCUUCUUCGACACACCGCCGAUGCUCUUUGUCUUCAUCUCCCUGGGGCGCUGGCUGGAGCAGAUAGCCAAGAGCAAGACAUCUGAGGCUUUGUCCAAGCUCAUGUCCUUACAAGCUACUGAGGCCACGGUGGUGACUCUCAGCAGCGACAAGUCCCUUCUCAGCGAGGAGCAGGUGGAUGUGGAGCUGGUGCAGAGAGGCGAUGUGGUGAAAGUGGUUCCUGGAGGGAAGUUUCCAGUCGAUGGGCGGGUCAUCGAGGGACACUCCAUGGCCGACGAGUCUCUGAUCACAGGUGAGGCCAUGCCGGUGACGAAGAAGCCCGGCAGCUCAGUGAUCGCAGGCUCCAUUAACCAGAAUGGCUCUCUGCUGAUCAGCGCUACACAUGUUGGCCUGGACACCACGCUGUCUCAGAUCGUCAAACUAGUGGAGGAGGCUCAGACUUCAAAGGCUCCCAUCCAGCAGUAUGCAGAUAAGAUCAGUGGCUACUUCGUACCCUUCAUUGUUGUCAUAUCUUCACUCACACUGGUCGUCUGGAUCUUCAUCGGGUUUUUAGACUUCUCUCUGGUGGUGGAGUACUUUCCUGGUUACGACAAGAGCAUUUCCAGGACAGAGGCAGUGAUUCGCUUCGCCUUCCAGGCCUCCAUAACGGUGUUGUGCAUCGCAUGUCCCUGUUCCCUCGGCUUGGCAACCCCGACAGCUGUCAUGGUGGGCACAGGGGUUGGUGCCCAGAAUGGCAUCCUGAUAAAGGGAGGAGAGCCACUCGAGAUGGCGCAUAAGGUCCAGACAGUGGUGUUUGAUAAGACUGGGACAAUCACAUAUGGCGCCCCGAAGGUGAUCCAGGUCAAGAUAGUUGUGGAGGGGAACAGGAUGCCUCGCUCCAGACUGCUGGCCAUUGUGGGCACAGCUGAGAACAACAGUGAGCACCCUCUGGGAGCAGCUAUCACCAAAUACUGCAAACAGGUUGGCUCCUACCUCACAUGUAACGCCCACUCAGGAAAAUCUGAGAUGCUCUACGUGAUUGUUAAUUUCACUAUCAGAAACAUCAA